AAUACGUACGCAGUGCAGUUCAGGUCUCCGCCUUCAGCUCAACUACCUACGUGCAACACGACUGUGGUGCCCAAACAGCCCUGGCAACACCCAGAAUUCAGCCAGCGCUCUCUCACAACUUUUGACUUUCGCUCACCUUGCGAGAUCAAGCCCCUGGCACUAACCACUUCCGCACCUGCCAUGACGGGGCCUGCCCUGCCAGUGGAUCAUCCAAAGCCGGGACUCGGUUGUUUCAACCGCAGCAUCACAGCGAUAUAUGGAAACGUCCAUUGCUUUCACUGCCGUGGAGCACCACGCAGUAUUAGAUGGCAUGCUUUCGACCAAGUCUACCUCCUACGUGCUAAGUCUGUCGUGGGGCGCAAAAGGACGGAGGUGCUCCAUGGGUUGCCCAUCAGUCGCGAUAUUGGUACCAACCCGCUGUCGCCGAGGCGUCAACCACGCCUUGGGCAAGCCGAUGAUCUCGAGACGGCAGCUUUCAACCUGUCACCGGACCCUGAAAGACACUGCCAGACGGCCAGCCCGGGUGGCCUGUGCCUACGCCAUCGCGUCUAG